GCAGGAUGUACUGCGGGCGGCCUGUGAUUGGCUGAGCGCUCUAUGUACACCAGGGGCGCGCGCCGGCUGCUGUAGUGACAGCACCACGUGUCCGCAGCAGCAGCAUGGAGAGCCCGCUCCCAUCCGAGCCCCUCAGCCCCGCCAGUGACUUCCAUUUCAGUGACGCCCCAACAUUGGAGGAAAUCCGCUGUCUGCAGGCACGGUUCACAGCGGACAGAGAUUGGAACCAGUUUCAUCAGCCCCGGAACCUCCUGCUGGCCCUGGUUGGUGAAGUGGGGGAGCUGGCCGAGCUCUUUCAGUGGCAGGGUGAGGUCAAGGAAGGUCUCCCCGGCUGGACGCCAUCUCAGCGCCAAUCUCUGUCCCACGAACUCAGUGAUGUCCUCAUCUACCUCCUGGAACUAGCGGAGAAGUGUCGCGUGGAUCUCCCUCGCGCUGUCUUGGCCAAGAUGGAGCUGAACGCCAAGAAGUAUCCAGCGGCGCAAGUGCAGGGCAGCGCCAAAAAGUACACGGAGUACGGCGCAGAGAAUGGGGCUCGGGAAGAGCAGGAUUAAUGUUGUAAGAUCAUCUGGUUUCUCAUGGACCGUGUUCUGCCCCCACAGCAUGGGGGUCUCCUGUGGGAACGCUGCACCCUAAUCCUGCAGGGAGCUUGUUCAGUUGUGUUUCUGUGCUGAUGUUACUGUGUAGGGGUCUCCCUGUAUAUGUAGCGCUGGGCUGUGGGUGGGGUGCCGCGGCAGGAAAUGUCAGUGUAUACAGCGGGCACACUGUGAUAGAGGCGUCUAUAUCUUACUCUGUGUAUUCCGGCAGAGUGCCGGCUUCUGCCGCUGACUGGCUGGUGCUUAUGAUACGCAGUGUGUCCUCAUCUGAGCGAGGAAUCGUCUGCUCGUCGUGCCCCCGGAUGUAUUGUCAUGGAGAUAUACGCUGCCCCCCAACCCAUCUGUACAUAACACCAGGACCAUGUGUUCACAAGAGUUGUUUGUUUUUAUAGUCUCUCUUCUGCUUUUAUUAUUUAUAAUUUUUUUGAGCAUUUCCUCAAUAAAAAAAUGUUUGUUUUUUAAAA